AUGUAUCGGAGAGAUAUACAUGCAUUUGUUUUCAUUCGACGUCGACUUGCAAUGUGUGCAAGAAAAUUGGGUAAAUUGAAAGAAGCAAUAAAGAUGAUGAAAGAUCUUAUAAAGGAAUAUCCAAAUUUAAAUCUUUUCAAUAUCCAUGAAAAUCUUAUUGAGUGCUACCUAGCUGCCCAGCAAUAUGCUGAUGCUCAGGCUUUCCUAGCUAAAUACGAUGAUAUCAACUAUCCGAAAUCAGCUACUAUAUGUUACACUGCAGCUUUACUUAAAGCCAGACAAGUAUCUGAAAAAUUUUCUCCGGACUUAGCGUCACGUAGGGGUUUGAAUGCAGCUGAACUGAGUGCUGUUGAAGCUAUUCAUCGGGCUGUUGAAUUUAAUCCACAUGUACCGAAAUACCUUCUUGAAAUGAAACCUCUAAUAUUGCCUACAGAGCACAUUUUAAAACGUGGCGAUUCUGAAGCCAUAGCAUAUGCAUUUUUUCAUUUAGCUCAUUGGAAAGCUGUAGAAGGUGCAAUUAAUUUAUUAUAUUGUACAUGGGAGGGAACUUUUCGACUCAUUCCAUAUCCUCUAGAAAAAGGAAACCUCUUUUAUCCUUAUCCCCAUUCAACUACAGCGACCGAUCGAGAACUUUUACCAAGUUUUCAUACACUAUCUGUGUAUCCGAAAAAAGAUGUGCCAUUUUUUAUUCUAUUUAUUGCGGCUCUAUGCUCUUUAACAGCUAUACUUACAUGUUUAACUCAUGUCUAUCCUGAACAAAUGGGAUCACUUUCUAGUAAGACUCUCAACUGGUUUUUCAGUCCAAUCAAUUAUCUAUUGGAAAGACUAGAAGGAUUGCUACUUUUGCUAGCUCCAACAUCUGCUCGAAAGCUUUUAACUUAA